AUGACAAUUAAGAGAGACUUGAAAAUCUCAAGGUUUGAAAACCUUUCCCCUCUUUUUCCUCAGCUGGGCUGGUGUCAGGCGCCACACAAGCGGAGCCGUGUUUCUUGUUCGUCACGUCAUGCCCAGCAGUGGUGGUGCAGCCGGCACUCGGUGGUUUGUGCCCUCCGUGGGCGGGAGUUCAGACCUCAGCAGCAGCAUGAGUUGCGUCUCCAGCGGAGCCUACGGGGCUUUGCAGCGGGCAGACUCCCUGGCAUCCUCAAGGAGAGGGAGUUCUCUCUGGGACGACUCAACAAGGUGUUUGCUUCACAGUGGCUCAACCACCGGCAGGUGGUGUGUGGGACCAAGUGCAACACGCUUUUUGUAGCAGAUGUCCUGACAGGGCAGAUAACACGCAUUCCCAUGCUGAAGGACAGGGAGUGUCAUGGUGGUGGCUCAGCAGCUGUGGGUGCGGUGGUGGCGGGCCGGCAUUACUACCCCACUGGAGGCUCUCGCUCACGGAUGGACCAGCAGGGCUGUGGAAUCCAUGCUAUUGAACUCAACCCCUCGAGAACACUGCUCGCCACAGGAGGAGACAACCCCAACAGCUUGGCCAUCUACCAGCUGCCCACAUUGGAUCCUGUCUGUGUUGGAGAUGAUGGCCACAAUGACUGGAUCUUCUCUAUAGCAUGGAUCAGUGACAGCAUGGCGGUUUCUGGGUCCAGAGAUGGCUCUAUGGGCUUGUGGGAGGUGACCGAUGAAGUAAUGAGUCAGGCUGAAAGGAGUCAGACAGAGGAGGCAGUACCCUCCUACGCCCACAUCUCCCACCGUGCCCUCAAGGACAUCCCAAAGGAGUGCACCAACCCAUACAACUGUAAAGUCCGCGCUCUGGCCUUCAACAACAACCAUAAAGAACUGGGUGCUGUGUCUUUGGAUGGUUACUUCCACCUCUGGAAAGCUGAGCACAGCUUGUGCAAGAUACUGUCCACCAAGCUGCCUCACUGCAAAGAGAAUGUGUGUUUGGCAUAUGGACAGGACUGGUCGGUGUACGCUGUGGGUUCUCAGGCCCAUGUCUCUUUUCUGGAUCCACGGCAACCUACACACAGCAUCAAGUCUGUCAAUUCCAGAGAGAGAGGAAGCGGAAUCCGUUCAGUGAGUUUCUAUGAGCACAUUGUGACAGUUGGAACUGGCCAAGGUUCACUCCUCUUCUACGACAUCCGGGCUCAGAGAUUCCUGGAGAACCCUCUGAAUCCAGCAGGGGGGUACCGGAAGUGCCCAGGAGAUGGCAUCAUCAAGCUCACCACUGGAAAAGGCUGGCUGAAUCACGAUGAGACGUGGAGGAGUUACUUCUCGGACAUUCAUUCCUUCCCCAAUGCAGUGUACACCCACUGCUACGACGAUUCUGGCACCAAGCUGUUUGUAGCAGGUGGACCUCUCUGCUCUGGCCUGCAUGGGAACUACGCAGGACUGUGGAGUUAGCCCUCUUUCGUCUCCUCCACUGCCACUUCACCCUCGUCCAGAUUUUUACUUUUACCAGUCCCUCCAAUCCUCUCCCUCUUCCAGUCUGACGUGACAUCACUGUCCUUGUGUAUCCCGCUAACUCUCACUCUGUUUUGCUCACACGUGGACUCAGGAGCAUGAAUAUUGUUCUUGUGUGUGUUUGUUUCCUCCAUUAUUAUAUCCCUCCUCCUGCAGUAAUUCCUUUUGUUAUUCCUCCUGCACUUCUCUGCUUUUUUUGGUUAAUUUGUUUUUCCAUAUAAAAAUGUACAAACAUUUAACUAGUAAUUUUCAAGAGCUGCGGAGUCUGCCACUGAUGAGUAGUUUUGGAAAACAUUAAGGAUAAAGUUAUACAUAUUCUCAUAAUUUAAAACAUCCAACCCAUGCACAGGGAUUAGGCUAUGGCCUUCUUUUGUACGUAAGGAUAGUGUUUACCGUUGCUUUGUCUGUGAUAAAUGACGGUGUCUUUGUGAAAUAUUCGUGGAGUUCUGUUUUGUUCUUUCACUGAAAAUGGAUGGCAAUAAGAGAGCGAGGCAGAGAGGAAGGAGGACUAAAGAGACGAUUCAUUUUUAGGGAGUGAACCUGACUGCAGUUUAAUGGAGAAUAUUUACUGGUUGGAACAGCCCCUGUCCAGUUUCGCAACAAUCACUGAGAAACUUCUCUCUUCUCCUGUCGGAAGUAAAAUGAAGAAGCCAAUCACAAUGGGACUUUGUGUUCAUAACUUUUCUCACUGAGAUGAUGUAAAGGAGAAAUAUUAAGAUUGCUAAAAUGCUGUGUUGCUGUUAUGCUAUGACUUAAUCCCAUCAAAUGCUUAUUUUAUUUUUGUGUGAUUGACAGGUGUACCCCUGCUGAUAUCCUUAUUUUCGUUGUGUAUCUAUUUUCUCCUUCCUCACCUUUUUUCAAAUGGUCAGGGGUAUUUAUAUAAGCUUCUUUUGAAUGAUAUGUCGUCUUUCUGCCCUCUGCUUGUAUUCCGGCUCUCUUUGCCCAGAAUGCUUUCAGCAGAUUGGUCGAGUGCUGGAAUUCUGAACUGUACCAUUCUGUUGUUAGAGAAAUCGCCCUAAGAUUUUAAGUUUUGGUAGCAAGUGUCAUCAGAUAUGAUGACUGAUAGAGGAGCCUUUAAUCACUGGAUUAAACCCCUCUGUGGUUCUGGGACUCCUCCACAGGAACUGGGGAGAUGAUAACGUGGUAGCUCACUUUGUUCUUGUCAACCAAGCAAGAAGAACUAAUGAGAAUUGUUUGGACUGUACUGAGAAGUUGGAGGCUACAGGCACAUAUCUGUUUGUCGUCACAGUUGUAAAUGUUUCCCUUUUUUCCCCCCUUCUUUUUGUUUCAAGGAGUGAGUAUUCUGCUCUUUUCCUUGUUUGGUAGAGGCAGGGUAGACUCAAGUUCUGUUUGGGUUUUUUUUGCCUUCAAGUCUUUCUGUGAAAGACUGCCACAGGCGAUCAUUGUUUUCCUUUUCUACAUGGAACUUUCCACCGGUUUUCAUGAUAAUGACAGAAUUGAAAAAAGAGAAACUCCCCUGGAUUAUGACCACGAAUUGAACAAAUAACCAACACUUUAAAAGUGUAUUUUAUAUAUAAAUGUGUAUAUGUAUGUGUAAAAUACAUAGGGACAAUUGCAUACAUUUGUAUGUAUAUGUCUGAGGAAGUGUGUGGAUUAAUGUCUAUUUGGUGAUGCCCUGU